CACGAGUAAUCUUUGCUUCUAACAAACACCUGCAAAGUACAUUUCCUGGGAGUAACUCCUUUGAAAAAAUGCGACCUGCUCUUGUGGGUGUUCGCAUGUUCGCUGACGCAGGAACGGCAUUGACAAGAGACGAAAUUCAGACACGGGCGAUGGAUGUUUUAAAACUUUUUGACAAAGUGAAUCCUGAAAAGGUUUCGAGCGAGAGUCACUUUGUCAACGAUCUUGGUUUGGACAGUUUGGAUGUAGUGGAGAUUGUCAUGGCACUGGAAGAUGAAUUUGGUAUUGAAAUUUCUGAUGAAGAGGCUGAAAAGGUUUUCACUGUAGAAGAUGCCGUAGAGUUGAUAUCCAAGGCACUAGAUAUACAUUAACACGAGCAAGGUACUCAGCCAAGCCCAGCACUCAGAUGUAAAUGGAUUUCACUGUCUACUGAAACUGACUGCUUUUCCUGUGAAUUGUCUGUUGUUUUGUUCAUUGUUGUGUUUGAAGCAACUUAAAGUAAACCACUUUUUUUAGUGAUAA